AUGAGCGAAUAUAUCCUUAAGAAGAAAUUUCUUGAACAAAAGGAUGAGUCCACGGAAAGGCCAAGAAGACAGCAUCAUAUCGUCGUCGGUGACUUCUUGAGACUGCCCGUAUUCUUUUACAACACAUUGGGUAUUGCUCCCUACGAAACUGAUCGAACUCCGAGCCUUUGGUUUAAUUUAUACUUCGUGUUAAUAAUGAGCAAUGCCACCUUAAAUGGGACAUUGGAAUUCGUAUAUACGUGGAUGUGCUUUCGCCAAAACGACAUCUUUGAGGGCUGUAUUAUGUGUGGAUAUUGCGCAUUUACGGUCACCGGCAUGCUUAAAAUCGUAGCGGUGGCGAUGCAAAAAAAGAGAUUGACAACUCUAGUGAAGAGCUUGGAGUCCUGCUUUCCACCGUCCGACAAAAGGGAACAGGAGCAGUAUUCAGUAAAGAGUUACCUCAAACGCUGUGACCUCUUUUCCAAAGGCUUUGCAGGACUCUUCUUAAUUAUGUACUUCAUCCACAGCCUGACCGCCAUUAUAAUAUACGCCUACAGAAUAUUGGUGCUCCGAUUACCCGAUGUCGAGGAAUCUCUGCCCUUCUUUGACCUGGAGCCCUGGAACUGGCAGGGAUCCUGGAGAUACUACAUGUCCUAUGUCGCGCAGUCGAUUGGCGGUUAUACCGCCACAGUCGGAAAUUUUGCUGCCGACCUCAUGAUCUUUGGCGUGGUCUUUCAGGUCACCAUGUACUUCGAAGGGCUAUCCAGGGCACUCAGGGAGUUCAGGAUCCGGAACGGUAGCGAGGUUGACGGAGCGCGCAAGGACUUGGAGGAGCUGCGAUCCCUGAUUGCCUAUCACAUCAAAAUACUCCGACUCACCGAACUGAUGAACGCGGUUUUUGGUGCUACGCUGCUGCUUAACUUUAUGGUCUCAUCGUGGCUCGUCUGUCUUUUGGGCUUUCAGUUGACCAUUGAAUUCAGCCCCGAACAUUUUGCCAAGCAGGUGCUUAUGCUAGUUUCAGCUCAGCUCGAGAUAUAUCUGUUGUGCUACUUCAGCCAGAUGCUGAUCAAUGCGGUGGCCUACAGGAAAAAGCUCAAGCAGAUCAACGGAUGA